CUUGUUCCAGCUUAAUGGGCACAUAAUGGUCAGAUGGGAUUAAAACGCGGCCAAGGCUAUUACUAUUAUCCCUGUGCAUCUGGACAGCGUGUUGUGAUAUAGUAGUCUGGCACCGAUACUAUAGAAUACAGAUCCCUCUCUGCCAUCCCAUGAUUCAUGAAGAGCACCUUGACAGCACAGCAACUGCUAGUAAUGGAAAACCAUGGUGAAGAUCAUUCAGCCGUACUGCCUAUGCCGAAAGAGGUGGGUCAAGUACUGUGGUAGGCCGUCCUAUUAUAUCGAAGGAAAACGGUCUAUAAACCGCCGAUCGAUAUGCGUUCAGCUGAACCACUUGACUAUGGACUAAGCAAGCGGGGUUGGAAUCUACCUAUUUAUUGUAUGUGUCCUACGACCAUCGCUACUCUCCUUUUCUCAAGUUUACUUUGCACCACCACCAGAGCCCAAGUCUUUUUGUCAACUAGUUUGUCCCUCUGCCAAGGUUACUAAGCUAUUCUAACUCCCUUGCACCUCAUCUGCCGUACUAAUGAAUCCCCUAGAUGUCUUCUGUCCCCGGUCACAUACGUAACUCCCCUGAGAGGCUGCUUAUUGUUUGCGUCGUCGACGGCCAGCAAUAUACUUUCGUAUCGACCGUUCAACCCCCCCUUCCACCUUUUGAGGCUGGAGAAAUACAAAUCAACUAUGAUGAUCCUUCCCAACUGGCUUCAACGAAACGUUUCCACGGCACGGUCACGAACGGCCAAUUGACGCUGAUAAUCGACGAUGGGGUUACUAUUACUGCAGUGAUCAAUCCUCCUCAUGAUAUUGGUCAUAUUACCGGGGCUGGCGUUUGGAAUGUCAACUAGUAUUCGAGUAUUAUCGUAUUAUCCCAGGAAAGACAGACUGACAUAUGAUAUGAUAUGAUAUAUGUGUGUGUGUGUGUGUGUCCUUCGUCGCGAACGGAAUCUUAGCUAUGACCGACCUAUACAGUUCACG